AUGGACAGACGAUAUACGGACACUCCAGCCAAGCAGUCGCCGAUUGAAUUUCCUACUUCAUCAUUUGGUACGUCACCAAAGACAAAAGCUGCAGGUACUACGGAUGAUAAGCAGGACCUGAAGGAGUCAAACAAAGGGGACAGAGUCUCAGAUGAGCAUUGCUUAUCCACUACUGGUAACCAUGACCACAGAGUUGACAACAUUCAUGAUGUUGCUUAUGGCUCCAACCAUCACCAAGUGCACAAUCGUCGUCCCUUGCAGCAAGACGCCUGCGCUUCUUCGUCCUCAAUGACAAUACAAGGGUCAUCAGCACCAGUACAGUCGAUUGCUACAUCGGACCGCGUGACAACUUCCUUCCCACAUGGUGGUCAGACUAGUGCUUUGACGCCCACGAAGUCGACGGGCGCCAACGGAAAUCUCCACACGAACUCCCCUGUUGUGAACCCUGUCGUGAACCCUAUGAUGGAGAAGAAGCGUCAGGCGCAGCGCGAAAGCCACCGCGCGUAUCUCAAGAGCAAUAGUGAUUACAACCGUGCCGAGAUAAAGUACGUGUCAAUUGAAGCCGAGCUCCGUCUAGCUGAGUUCUGGCUGGAAAUCAUGACGAAGAAUCUCGAAGACGUAGGCAAGCGUAUCGAGGUGCAUGACUGGAACUUCCAGAAAAUCACAGGCCAGGAUGAAUCGAAUGUGGCCUGA